AUUUCACCAAGCAUUGACCACAUCCUUGAAGCAUCAGGUUUCCAUACCACACCUGCACACAAUGUAUUCCACAAGAAGCAUCUCGGCACUCUUGUGCCUCCUCUUAGCUUCCAGCCCUACCUCCGUUCUCUCAGCGCCCAUCUCCAAGAACCAUGCCCUCCUCCCCAGACAAUUCAACAGUAACUCCGAGGCGGGCUUCAACUGGGACUUUUCCAUCCCGGACGGUCCAGGUUUUCAUACCGGCAGCUCAAGCUCCCAUAGCUACGACGAAAACAGCGGUGACUCCGACAUGUCGACCGACACUACCGCUAAUUCCGAUACUUCGAUUGGUAUCCCCGACGGCCCCAGUAUCAACCUUGGGAACUUCUUUAGUUCGCAUUAUGAGGAGAGUGAGCCUGAGCCCGAGCCUGAACCCGAGCCAGAACCCGAGCCAGAACCUCAACCUGAACCUGAACCUGAACCCGAGCCGGAGCCGGAGCCUGAGCCAACACCCACUCCGACGCCUACGCCGCCGCCUCAUACACCUGAAGAACCGGAGUCUCCUCCGUCUUCUUCGAGCCCUAGUCCUGAGCCUACCCCCGAACCUGAACCUGAGCCUACUCCUGAACCUCAACCUGAGCCAGAACCCACUCCCGAGCCAAAGCCCGAGCCUACUCCAGAACCCGAGCCUGAGCCCGAGCCCAAGCCUGAACCUCCCGUCCAUGAGCCUACUGAGCCUGAGCCUGAGCCUCAACCGGAGCCCCAGCCUGAACCGGAGCCUGAAGUCGUCGUCGUUGAAGCAUGCCCUGCCCCGGAGCCUGAGCCUGCAUCCGAGCCUCAACCACAGCCGGAGCCGGAGCAGGUGCCAGAGCAGGGCCCAGAGCAGGAGCCAGAGCCCCAGCCGAUCGAAGAACCCACCCCUGCACCUGCGCCAGAGCCAGAACCCCAGCCAGAGCGUGCAGCACCAGAAAACACAUGCCAAUGUGCUAAGUGA